AUGGAUCUCUUUAGACGGGCCGUCAAGGCCAUCCCCUCAACAACGCCGCAACUGCCCACCGCCGACGAGAAGCCUGCCACGAAGCAUGCUCGCCAGAACAGACUGACGUCGCGCCUCGCCUUCUUCAGAAGACCUCUGCGGCUCCGCGGCAAUUCGAGCAUCUCGGUUCCUCUCGGCGUUGUCAUCCUCUUUCCUCUGAUCGUCGUCAUCCUCAUCCUCGUACUAUUCGUCAGACACCCCAGCUCGCCUGGGAGGAUAUUGAUGCCCGCGGGUGCGCCCCCCGCCAUCAGGAAAAUCAGUGAAGAGCAUGACAAGGUGUUCGUUACCGGAUGCCUCGAGCCCGACACGAGCAGACCCAGGGCCAACGGUGCCUUCGUCGUCCUGGCCCGCAAUAAGGAGCUGGACGGUGUCAUCCAGUCGAUCAAAUCCAUCGAGCGUCACUUCAACCGCUGGUACCACUACCCUUAUGUCUUCCUGAACGACGGCGACUUCAACGAGACCUUUAAGGAGGUCGUCAGGAACUACACUUCUGCCCCCGUCGAGUUUGGCAAGGUUGGCCCUGAUAUGUGGGGCUACCCCGACUGGAUUGAUCACAAGGUCGCCAAGGAGGGUAUCGCCAAGCAGGGCGACGCCGCCGUCAUGUACGGUGGCUUGGAGAGCUACCACGCCAUGUGUCGUUUCUACUCUGGAUUCUUCUACAAGCACGAGCUCCUCGCCAAGUACAACUGGUACUGGCGUCUUGAGCCCGAGAUCAAGUACUUCUGUGACAUUACCUAUGAUCCCUUCUGGGCCAUGAUCGACGCCAACAAGACUUACGGCUUCACCAUCGCCGUCAAGGAGCUCCGCGAGACUGUUCCCAAUAUCUUCCGCUACGCCUCCGCCUACAAGCGACUCAAGGGCCUCAAGUCCAAGGGCUUGUGGGAGAUGUUCGUUGACCCUGUCGAGAAGAAGGAGGAGCCGCCUACCGACCAAAGCCCUCUCCCUGAGGAGGUCCUGCGCAGCGACCCGAACCGCAACAACCUUCCCGAGAUUGACCCCGAGGCCAUGGAAGGCGAAUCGUACAACAUGUGCCAUUUCUGGUCAAACUUUGAGAUUGCCAGCCUUGACUGGUUCCGCAGCAAGGAGUACGAGGAGUUCUUCGAGAUGAUGGACCGCAGUGGAGGCUUCUGGAUGGAACGCUGGGGUGAUGCCCCUAUCCACUCCUUGGCUGCCGGCGCCCUCCUCGCACCCCGCGACAUCCACUACUUCCGCGACUUUGGUUACCGGCACACCACCAUCCAGCACUGCCCUGCGAACGCCCCGGCCAGACAACUGCCCAGAGAACCCUACCUUGAGAAGACCACGCUCGACGAGAAGAAGCGUAUCGAAGAAGACAAGUACUGGGAAGACUGGGACGCUGAGAAGGAGAACGGAGUCGGAUGCAGAUGCAGAUGCGACACAGACAUUGUCGACGUCGAGGGCAAGGAGGGAUCGUGCCUCGCCGAAUGGGUUGAUGUCGCAGGUGGAUGGGCCAGCCCGUAA